UUUUACAUGGAGAAGUAUACAAUAUUUCUCAGAUUCAGAUACAUCCAUUGGUAUUUUCGGAGUAGCAAAAUUCCAGAUACCAACUAGCUUCGCGAAGCCAAAUCGAGAAAACAGUUCGGGGUGGACAGUUCACAAUCAAGGGUUGCUUCUCUAAUAAAUACAUCUCCUUUCUAUAAAUCGGAACUUUUUUUAGAUGAUACUUUGAGCGUGAGAAAAAAACUAUUUGUGUAUAAAAAAUAAACAUUUUUUUUCGUGUAAACAAAAAACUAAUUAAAAAGGAACUAAAUCGGCGCCGAAAUGAGUUCUUCCGAUAUAAUCGAACUAAAUGUUGGCGGUGUACAUUACUCGUCAACGCUUGCAACGCUAACAAAUGAAAAAUCCUCCCUGCUAUGCGAGAUGUUUAGCAAUCUCGACAGUUUAACCAAGGAUAGCAAAGGUCGAGUAUUUUUGGACCGCGACGGAGUGCUCUUUCGCUAUAUUUUAGACUACUUGCGCGACAAGGAACUUAAUUUGCCAGAAGGCUUUCGGGAAAAGAUUCGUCUUCGCAAAGAAGCCGAACACUAUAAAUUGAGUGGACUACUUGAGUGCAUGAAAUCCGAAUUGGAUUUGAAGCCUAGCGGAAGCAUUACAAUUGGCUAUCGUGGGAGUUUUCAAUUUGGCAAGGAUGGUUUGGCAGAUGUGAAAUUCCGUAAGCUUUCCCGCAUUCUGGUUUGUGGAAGAGUCGCCCAAUGUCGUGAUGUGUUUGGCGAUACCUUAAAUGAAUCCCGAGAUCCUGAUCAUGGUGGACCAGACCGCUACACUUCACGAUUCUUCCUGAAGCAUUGCUUCAUUGAACAGGCCUUUGACAUGUUGCACGAGCAAGGUUUUCGAUUGGCCGGAAGUUGUGGCUCGGGAACAGCUGGAUCUAUUGCGGAACCAAAGCCAGGUGUUGAUGCUGAGGAAAACCGAUGGAAUCACUAUAAUGAAUUUGUUUUUGUCCGUGAUUAAGGAAGCACAAAAAUGUUGGAAAAGUUUUAUAGAAGUCAAGACCUCCAAUGGAGUGUCUUCACAAAAAAAAAAAAAUAAUAAUAAUAAAUUAAUCCAAGAAUAUGUGAGUGAUGUGUUUUUUCAUUUAGCCAGCGCACAACGCAUUUCAGAUUUAGAAAAUUAGAUUUUCAAAAAAAGAAAAAUAGAUAUAAAAAAAUAUCUUAAAGAUAAAACAUCUGGAGUACCUUCAGUUGAAAAAAAGUAUAUUUACAGUGAAUUUGAUUUGUCUUAGUUUAUUUAAUGUGCCAUUACAAAAAUGUGAAUUUUAAUCAAUAGAGAUCUAUCUAGGAAAAAAGUUUUAUCUGUCUACUAGUGUGAAUAUAUCGAAAAGGGAUUAUUUCCAGUGGUUAAUCCUAUAAAUUGCACAUAAUACAGAUGUGCUUUGGGCGGUAAGCAUUCCAAUUGAAAAAAGUAUAUACAUUUAAAUAUAGAACCUAGAACAAAAAACUGGUAGUAAUCUCAGAAAGAUGUAAAAGCUAAAAGCAGAAAAGAAAAAAAUUAAUACAAAUAAAUUUAAAUAAUAAAAAAUAUCAGAGCAUGUAUGUAUGAAAUAGUAGAGUUCCAAAAUAUCUGUAGUUUAAUAAAAUAAUAUGGAUGUGUGUCAAGAAGACACUGAAAGUGUAUCAAAAAAAAAAAAUAAUACAAUAAACUUGUGAGAGAUUAAAAAAAUAUAAUAUUUUAUUGUGAAU